GAAUAAUAAGAAAAACACUCAAACAAAAUAGCAAAAUUCAAACAGUCAAUAGAGAAACUAAAUUUAUAAUCAUUUCAGAUCUGGACGCUGGUCUUCGAAAGUUAAAUGAUUCGGCUUGGCGUUCGCCACCUGCAAAUGCUCUUGCUCUUCGGCACAAUGUCUAUUGUUUACGCGCUCCGUGUUAACCUCUCCGUAGCGUUGGUCGUAAUGACAGAUAAUACUUCAAAUCCAGAUUUUGAGGAACACGCUUGGAAUGAGCACAUCAAAGGUCUCUUAUUGAGCUCUUUCUUCAUCGGGUACGUCACAUCACAGGUGCCUUCAGGCUAUUUAUCACGUCGUUGUGGUGGCAAAAUAUUACUGCUCAUCAGUCUUGUCAGCUGCUCACUCUUGGCUAUACUGACACCAUUGUUCGCUGCCAUCGGUAGUUGGCAACUGGUGCUGGCUUCACGUAUACUACAAGGUGUCUUUCAAGGUACCGUAUUCCCCUCAACACAUACGAUACUCUCACAGUGGUCGCCAGUGGAGGAACGUGGACUGAUGAGCUCGUGUACCUAUUCGGGCUGUCAAUUUGGCACAUUUGUUAUGUUGGGCAGUAGUGGCAUGAUAGCUGCUUCGUGUCUCGGUUGGCCCGGCAUUUUCUACAUAUCGGGCGGUGCUGGGCUCUUGUGGGCUGCCGUCUUCAAACUCUUCGGUUGUAGCUCACCGAAAGAAUGCCGUCAACUCUCGGAGCGUGAGCGUGAACUCAUCACCUCACAUUGGGGCACCUCAGAGCUGCAAGUGCGUCGCAAGUCAAUGCAUCCGCCGUGGUCAUCCUUCUUCACGUCCUGUCCUUUCUGGGCGCUCAUCAUUGUGCACUGUACAAAUAACUGGGGUCUCUGGACAUUGCUCAGCUACAUGCCGGUUUAUGUGAAGAACGUUUUAAAUAUGGAUAUUCAAAAUAAUGCACUCUCCUCGGCGCUACCGUACUUUCUAAUGUGGAUAUUGAGUUUCGUCUUUACGGCAAUGUCUAUGUGGUUGAAGAAACAUCAGUGGAUCUCUUUGAAUGCGAACAGAAAGCUGUUCAACACAAUCGGUCAUGGCACACCGGCAAUAACGCUUAUAGCAUUGGGCUAUGUGAAUGCGGAUCAUGUGAUUGGUGCUGUAGCUUUGCUCACCAUAACGGUUGGUGUGAGCUCGGCUUCAUAUUUGGGCUAUCAGAUUAAUCAUAUAGACUUGUCACCGAACUUUGCCGGCAUCUUAAUGGGCAUCUCAAAUUGCUUAGCAAACAUAACGGGUAUUGUGGCACCGUUAACAGUGGCACUGAUUGUCAAUGAUGAGAAAUCCAUUGAACAGUGGCGUAUCGUCUUCUUCUUAUCAUCAUUCCUGUACUUAUUAGGCAAUACGGUAUUUCUAAUUUUUGGUGACUGCCAAGUGCAACCCUGGAAUGAUCCAGCCGAUUAGUUUAUUAGAAUUUAAAUUAAGUGUAAAUAUUUGUAGCUGUGUAAAUUGUUGCAAUUUUUUUAUUGUUGAGUAAAC